AUGAGUGGAAGCGGUGGAUUCUACAAGUACAGGUGCAAGUACUUCUACACGCACAACUGCACAAACUGGGUAUAUGUCAACAACUCACCAUGUGCCAACUGUCUCGCCGAGGGCAGGGAUUCCAUCGAGACCCCACCACAACAACAAUUCAGGGACAUCUUGGUUCCUUAUUAUGACGACAAUGGCAUGCGGCAAGAGUGCCUUAUGGAAUUCAUCGCCACGGACCCCUUGGGUCUCUACUGGAGCCUCCGCUAUAAGGCCCCGGUGCAAGUUGGUCCGACCGUUACCAGCGAUACGCCAAGACCGGUCUACCCAUCGGCUUAG